AGAAAAAUGAAUUAGAUUUAUUAGAGGUUGUGUUCCAGACAUGAUUGAAGCAACAGAAGAUAAUAAAAGAAAAAGUAACUUGGAUAAUAAAUCGAAAUAAAUAAGAAGAAAUAUUUGAUACAGGUUUAGUUGCAACAGGUAGAGUAAGUGAUACCUAUAAAUUAAAUCUUCAAAAAGUUGGAGUAAAUAUGAAUAAAAUGGAAAAAUAAUAUGGUCAGCAGAUGAUAAAACUUCUAUACCUAAUAUUUUUACUAUCGGUGAUUGCGUAGAAGGUAGACCUGAAUUAACUCCUACAGCUAUUAAAUGUGGAUAAUUAUUAGCUAAUAGUUUAUUUGAAAAGGCUACUUAAUUAAUUUCAUAUGAAUUUGUUGCUACAACUGUAUUUACUCCUUUAGAAUAUGGAUGUAUUGGAUAUAGUGAAGAAGAUGCAAUCAAAAAAUUUGGAUAUGACAAAAUUAUUGUUUAUCAUUAACCAUUAGAAUGCAAUUACUUUGAGAUGCAUUCAGGUGAAAAUUGUUUUGCAAAAUUGAUUGCUUUAAAUGAUAAUCGUAGG